AUGAGCGAAAUUCUGGUCAUCACUUGCCCCAGCGGCAAACAAUCCAGUCGCUUGAUUCCUCUCUUAUACAAGCAAGGGAAAUUUCGACUCCGACUCGCCGCACACUCUGCUACUUCGGCCAAGAAGCUGGAAAUAUCUUACCCCGAGGCGGAAAUCGUGAUAGCUGACCUCCAGUCGCUAUCCGACUGUCGUGGGCUGCUACAUGGUGCGGUGGCCGUCAAUGCCAUUCUGCCUAGCUUGCACUCUCGCGAAAAAGAGAUUGGAUUUAAUCUCAUCGAUGCGGCUGUCGCAGAGUCGUGUCGCGAAGGAAAUACCUUCAAGCACUUCGUUUUGUCCAGCGUUCUGGGAACUCAACAUCGUGGUCUACUCCAGCAUGACUCGAAGAGCUAUGUCGAAGAGCGACUGUUGCUCAGUCCACUAGACUGUUGGACAAUACUGAAGCCGGGAAAUUUUCUCGAUGCCUACCCCGUUGCAUCCCUCGCUUCGCAAGAGCAACCUAUCCUGGAAAAAUGGUGGAAGCCCGAGCAACCAAAUAGCGUAAUUGCUCUUGACGAUCUUGCUGCUGCGUCGGCAAAGGUUCUCAAUGAGCGUGAAUCCCACUACCUAGCUGAGUAUCCACUUGUAUCGACUCUGCCCAUCUCAGAGACAGAUAUCAUCAAGAUCAUCGAGAAGCGAAUUGGGAAGUCUAUUGAAUUGAAAACGCCUUCUUUUGAUACAGGGGUCACUAAACUUAUCAGCACCCUAUAUGGUGGACCUGAGAAGGGGGAAGGGGAAAUUGGACUCGGUCGCUCAAGUCCUGGUGAUCUACGUGGGGACCUCGUUCGAGAUGCUGUUGAGCAUUUGAUUAUGUUUUACAAUCGGCGUGGGCUGAAGGGGAGCCCAAAUGUGCUGAGAUGGCUCUUGGGAAGAGAACCAAUUACAGUAGAGACAUGGGUGGACAAUGUUGCGACGAAGGCUGGAUGUUGA